AUGGCAAGACACAUCGCCGUCAUCGGCUCCGGCGUAACCGGCAUCUCCUCCGCCCUCCUCCUCCUCCGCGCCGGCCACCGAGUCACAAUCAUCGCAAAAGACUUCCCCGCCCCGUUUGAGACAAUCGACCCAAUCACCCAGAUCAACUACACCUCCCCCUGGGGCGGCGCCCUAUUCGAACACCCCCUCUCCAUCACCACCUUCUCCCACAUGAAGUCCCUCUUUGCAUCCCACCCAACCACCGCGGGAAUAACCUUCCUCAAAGGAGUCGAAUACCUCGAAUCCCCGGGACCCGAAUACUUAUCCCUCACCCCCGCCACCGCAGCAUCCCUCCAACUCCCUGGUUUCCGCCUCCUCCCCCAGUCGGAAUUCCCCGACCAGAAAGUGAAAUGGGGGUGCGAGUACGAGACCUACUGCGUCAACCCAAUGGUUUACUUAUCUUUUCUGCUGAGGAGGUUUGUUCACCGAGGGGGGAGGGUGUUGAAACAUGCGCUGAGGUCCCCGGUGGAGGUUUUCGCUCUGUCGGAGAGAUCAACCCCUUCCCUAAAAAACGGGGGGGUAGACGCCGUGGUUAACGCCUCCGGGUUCGGGUUCGGGGGGGAUGAAAAUAUGUUUAUCACACGGGGGCAGACAGUUCUCGUCGCGGAAGAGUGCGACGCUACUGUCACCCGACAAAAUGCCGACGGUUCGUGGACUUUCUGCGUGCCGAGGGGGUUUGAAGGGGGAACGGUGAUUGGGGGGACGAAGGAGGUUGAUGAUUGGGGGGUGGAACCCAGGCCGGAGACAAGAGAAAAACUGUUGGAGAUGUUCAAGGGGACGUGUCCUCAGAUACUAAAUGGGAAGGGGGAGUUUACCGUCAUGGGAGAUAUUGUUGGACGACGGCCUAGUAGGAGGGGUGGGCCCAGGAUUGAGGGGGAGGUGCUGGAAGGAGGGAAGGGGUUUGUGAUGCAUGCUUAUGGGUUGGGGGGGAGGGGGUAUGAGCUUUCUUGGGGCGUGGCUGAGAGGGUGGUGGAGGGGGUGGAGGGGUAUUUUAGGGGGUUGAGGGGGGAGAGUAAGAUUUGA